AUGGCGACGAAGGAGAGGCCGAAAUCUGCAUACGAAGGCGGGCGUCUUCCAAAGAACGAGAGUUGGGGGACGAUCGUGGAGACCAACAGAGGUCUAGGGCACCAGAAAGGGUCCAAGGAUGACGUGGAUGCAAUCGUGGAGCGACUCAGCACCGUUACGGCCAACCCCAAGGUCCCUGAUGCGCAGCGCACAGGUGCUCUCAAGCAGAGCGGGAUCAUGAACAGCUACGCGUGGAAAGGCUACUAA